AUGGGAAACAACGUUUGCAUUCUUCAUUGUGUUCCUAUAAAAACCAAAAAAAGAAAAACCAUUAAACAAAACCUCUUAUCUCCAUCAUCACCUCAACCAACCCUAACCCUAGACAAUUAUUUUGAAACAAAUGAAGUUACUAUUCCCACCCCACUUCCCAUAGAAGGAGUCCCCUUUUAUGAUUGUGAAAUUUGUUACGAAUCAAAGCCUCUAAAUGACUCAUUCGACGUACAAGGUUGCACUCAUUUCUUUUGCACAAAAUGCACAAUUAAAUACAUAGUUUCAAAUCUACAACAAAACAAGGUUAACCUAACUUGUCCGGAACUAGGUUGUUCCGGAACAUUGGAUCCUCAAUAUUGUAAACCAAUUUUACCUACCAAUGUUAUGGAUUGGUGGGAGAAAGCUUUGAGUGAAUCGGGGAUUCCGGAAAAGAAUAAAUUUUAUUGUCCAUUUUAUGAUUGUUCGACACUUUUAAUUAGUGAGGAAUAUCGCGUAGGAGGAGUGAUUCGAGAUUCUACGAAUUCUACUUGUCCUCAUUGCAAUAGAAGGGUUUGUGCUAAGUGUAAAACUCCUUGGCACGAAGAUAUGAGUUGUCAAAAGUUUCAAAGAUUGAAGAAUAGUAAUGAGGCUCUUAUGGUUGAUCUUGCUGGUAGAAGGAAAUGGAAAAAAUGUCCAAAUUGUAAAAGUUUUAUUGAAAAAUCUCAAGGAUGCGAUCACAUGAUAUGCAGGUGUUCUUAUGUGUUUUGUUAUCAAUGUGGACGUGGCAUUGAUCCUCGUAACCAUGGUUGUAAUCACAGAGAUUGA